AUGACCCUCGCCAAUAAACUCCAGUCGUCUGCGGCGCCUGACGUUCAUAUUCACAUCAACUACGAGCAAUCCGAGCAACAGGGUUCGGGACAGCAUUAUGACCCGUACAAUAAGCCGCACUCGCCUCAGCCGGGGUAUCGCGGAACGCCUAGUCCUCAUGGAGGCAGUCACUCGCCGCACCCUCAACACGGCCAUGGACAUCAUGGACACCAUUCGCCUAACCCGUACGGAAGCCAUUCUCCCCACCCGGGAGGUCAUCCUACCGGCAUGCACAAUCCCUCCGGCGAAUCUCACACGUACUACGGCGGUGGUGUCCACACCCAAUUCCCCCCGGGCGUCUGUCCUCACUGCACCCAACACCACAACUACCACUUCGAACCUUGCCCUCACGGCCACGGCGUCCAUCACGGUCCCGAGCCCUGCAAGUGCAACCAAUGUUACAGGUUCCAUACGCCAGGACAUUGUCCGAACCCGGUCGUCCACGGAGGGGGGACUUGCAUCCACUGUACGAUCCCCCAUCCGCCGCACGUGUGUUGCCCGCCCACUCACACCUGUGCUACGCAUGUAACCGAGCGUGUCACUUGUCAGCAAUGCCGCCGCUGUCACCUUCCGGGUCCUUGUCCCCCUCCCUCGCACAGUACCACGGGCGUGAUCUGCGUUCGCUGCAAUCAGUACCAUCCGCCUGGUCCUUGCCCCUCGAGCCACCCUCCCUCCCACUGUGGCACCUGUCAGAAGCCCCACCUUCCUGGGCCUUGUCCUCCUCACAACACCACGAUCGUCGUGAUCUGUACUCGGUGCUACCAGUAUCACCCGCCGCAGCAGCCCUGCCCGCCGGUUCAGCCUCCACACCACUGUGGUACCUGCCAGAAGCCUCACCCACCUGGACCUUGUCAUAAUGGGAGUACGACUGUCGUGAUCUGCACCCGCUGCCAUCAGUACCACCACCCGCAACAACCUUGCCAGCCCGUCCACCCCCCGGCUCCCAUUCACUGCCAUACGUGCCAGAAGCCGCACCCGCCUGGCCCUUGCCCUCCUCACGUCAACACGACCACGACAAUUUGUGUGCGCUGCCAACGCCCUCACCCCCCGCAUGAAGCCUCCUGCCCCACCCCCAUCCAUUGCUAUUCAUGCCAGAAACCGCACCCGCCUGGCCCUUGUCCUUGUCAUACGUGCCAGAAGCCGCAUCCUCCCGGCCCUUGCCCUCCUCACAGCGACACAGUCGUCAUAAUCUGCACUCGCUGUCGUGAAUACCACCCCCCACACCAGGCCUGUCCCACGGUGAUCCUUUGCAGACAUUGUCACCAAAACCAUCCUCCCGGCCAUUGCCCCCAAAUACAUGGAGGGCACCCUGGAGGUCAACAUGGCCACGGAGGUGGCUCUUCUCACGGUCCAAUCCCUACGGACAACUAUGGUGCGCCUAUCCGCUAUCCUCCGGGUAUUUGCCCGCACUGUACGCAGUACCACUCUUACUGGCACGAACCUUGUCCCGCUGGGCACGGAGUCCACCAUGGGCCCGAGCGCUUCCAGUGUGUAUCAUGCUCGUGCUGGCACGAACCUGGCACUUGUCCGCAUACCGGAUCUCGCAAUCUGUUCACGGAUGUCGUGGGCGUCGCCCAAGGGAUCAGCACCGCGGCCGGGCUCUUCGCGAACAUCGGAGAAGGAGGAGGCGAUCGCUCCCUCUCCCAUCCUCAGCACUACACCCCUCAUCCAUCCCAUGGAGGCAACAGCCACCCCAUCAACUUUGUUACGUCCGUUGAAGGCGCUCUGGAGCGUUGCAUCAAAGACCAGCAUCUUGAGGCUUUUUACCCUCCUCACGCAUACCAACAGCGUAUCCGCGAAGUUGCUUCCCGCGCCGCCCACCGUCUCCCAGAGUUGAUCGCCAAAUGGAAGCUUCCUUCCGAGAUAGCUGUUGACAUCUGCAAGUUGGCACUCUUCGACGUCAUCUUGUUCAUCGACGAUUCGGGCUCCAUGGUCUUCGAGGAAAAGGGCGAGAGGUUGGAUGAUAUGAAGAUGAUCUUAAGCCACGUCGCUUUCGCCGCGAGUCUUUUUGACGACGACGGGAUUCAAGUCCGUUUCUUCAACUCCGACAUCAAGGGAGACAAUAUCCGCAGCGAAGCCGAUGCCGACAAGGUUAUCUCUCAAGUCAAGUUCGGCGGAUUGACCCCGAUCGGGACGCAGUUGAAAGCGAAAAUCCUCGAGCCCUUGGUUCUCUCUAGGGCAAGAGCAAACCAGCUCCACAAACCCGUCCUCAUCAUUACCAUCACCGACGGCCAACCCCAAGGCGAGGACUCCAACACCAUCUUCAACGUCAUUCGGGAUGCAAACCACUUCUUCCAAGGCAACCAGUACGGUGUGGGUGCUCUCAACCUCAUGUUUGGCCAAGUUGGUACCGACAUGAAAGCCCGCCAGUUCCUCCAAGAGCUCGACGAGCAUCACGAAGUUGGUGCCAGGGUCGAUGUGACUUCGAACUACGAGAUGGAGGCGGAUCAGAUGAGGAAGGAGAGUGGGUGCGAGUUGAGUCCGGAGGUUUGGUUGGUGAAGCUGUUCCUUGGUGCCAUCGACUCGAGCUAUGACACCAGUGAUGAGAAGAGGUAG